CAGGUGUCUUGCAGUGGGCAGAUUCAUCUGUCGUCAUGACGGGGGCUCCUCUCUCUCUUCUUCUGAGAUCACUGUGUCCCCUUCCAACUCCUCGCAUCUCUUAACCAAACUCAAGAGAUUUGCUGGUUCAGGGAAGAUGGAAGCAUCCGGAAGACUAAUAAUCCAGAGCAGUGACCUGCAAAAUUAGAGGCCAGGAGUAGAAAGCUGAGUCUUUCCAGAUCGUGAACAAAACUUGCUGAUGUUUAACUUUGACAGAACGGAUGCUGCUUCGGGCCAGAGGAUGCCAGAAAGGAUCUUUUGAGGUCCCCUGGUGGGCUGCUUCCUCUCUGUCUUUCAUCACCUCCUUUAUCUCUUCUCCUCCUCUGAACUUUGAAGCCGUUUGACGAGCAAGGCCAUGGCACCGUUUUCCUCUCCCGUCCUCUUCUUGUCUCUCAUCCUCGUCCUUUCUCUGCCUCCAUCCUGUUCUCCUGAAUCCCAGCAGGAAGAACCUUCUCUCCAGCCCUCCGUCACUCCAGAAGCUCCAUCAGAGCUCUACAGUAACCUGACGGAUGACGGCGAUGACGCCGCUCUGAAAAAACCAUGCUCUGACAUGGUCAUAUGCAAACCUGGGAUCAUCCUGCCCAUAUGGAAGCCCAUCAAUCCCAGUCUGGGAGUGCAGGUCGCCCGGGCCAUCCUGUAUUUUGCCUGUCUCAUGUACAUGUUUCUGGGAGUGUCCAUCAUCGCUGAUCGAUUCAUGGCAUCUAUAGAGGUCAUCACGUCACAGGAGAAAGAGGUGACCAUCACAAUGCCAAACGGAGAAACAUCAGUGGCCACCGUGAGAAUCUGGAACGAAACCGUGUCCAAUCUGACCCUGAUGGCUCUGGGAUCAUCCGCCCCUGAAAUCCUCCUGUCGGUCAUUGAGGUGUGUGGACAUGGUUUUGUGUCCGGUGAGCUGGGUCCGAGCACCAUUGUGGGCAGCGCUGCCUUUAAUAUGUUUGUGAUCAUUGGAAUCUGUGUGUGGGUGAUUCCUGAUGGCGAGUCGAGGAAGAUCAAACAUCUGAGAGUCUUCUUCAUCACCGCCUUCUGGAGUAUCUUCGCUUACAUCUGGCUCUACCUGAUCCUGUCCGUCAUCUCACCUGGAGUCGUGGAGGUAUGGGAAGCUCUGGUCACUCUCUGCUAUUUCCCCGUUUGUGUGAUUCUUGCCUGGAUCGCUGACCGGCGCCUCCUUUUCUACAAGUACAUGUCCAAACGCUACCGUGCUGACAAAAGGACAGGGGUUGUUGUGGAGACAGAGGGGGACAUGACCCCCAAAGGCAUGGAGAUGACGAUGGAUGGCAAGUUUCCAUUGAGGACUGGAGCUGUAGGGAUCGGGACACAAGAACAUUACCAAGAUGGAACCGGUAACACAACAGGCACCAUGGGGACUCUACCCAACUCCAACAGCACGACCGUUUACAUGGACAGUGCCAAGGACCUGGACGAGAGCCGUAAAGAAGUGAUCCGUAUCCUGAAGGAACUGCGGCAGAAGUAUCCAGAUAAGGAGUUUGAUCAGCUGGUGGAAUUGGCCAACUACUACGCCCUCCUCCAUCAGCAGAAAAGUCGUGCCUUUUACCGCGUCCAGGCCACACGCAUGAUGAUCGGGGCCGGUAAUGUGCUGAAGAAACACGCAGCUGAUCACGCUCGCCGUGCUGUUGUGACAGGUGGAGAUGAGGCGUUGGAGGAGGACGACUUGGCCACCUUUAGCCGAAUCUCCUUCGAGAGUGCGCACAGCCAGUGCAUGGAGAACUGUGGCACCAUCGCGAUACCCGUGGUGUGUCGGGGAGGCCUGGGGGAGAGCACUUUCUAUGUCGACUACUGUACAGAAGAUGGCUCAGCCAACGCCGGCUCAGAUUAUGAGUACUGCGAGGGGACGCUGGUGUUCAAACCGGGAGAAACCAGGAAAGAAAUUAAGGUGGGCAUCAUCGAUGAUGACAUCUUUGAGGAAGAUGAACAUUUCUUUGUGCGUUUGCUGAACCUGCGUGUUGGUGAUGCCGAGGGUAUGUUUGAGAGUGACGAAACGGAUCAGGCUCCCAAGGCCCAACUGGUGGAACCGCUGAUGGUCACGGUCACCAUCCUGGAUGACGACCAUGCGGGGAUCUUCACUUUUACGGACCACCAGGUGCGAGUGUGUGAGAGUGUGGGUACCAUGGAGGUGACAGUGGUCCGAAACUCCGGUGCCCGCGGGACCGUGAUCAUCCCGUACCACACAGAGCCUGGAACAGCCCAAGGGGGAGGGGUCGACUACGAGGACACGCACGGAGAGCUGGAAUUCACCAACGACCAGACAACGUGA